AUGAAUUUUUCAAAAUCACAAGAUAUUGUAAACGAAAUUGAAAGAAUUAAUGGUAUUUUAGUAAGCAAUUUUGUAAAACAUCAAGAUGAAAUUAAAAAAUUACAUAAAGAUAUUGAUGAAUUAUCAAAACAAAAGAAGGAAAUUGAAACUAAAUAUUUAAAUCUUUUAAAUGGAGGUAGUAAUAAUAAUGAUAAUUCACAACAUCAUCAUGACUCACUAAAAGAGAAUAAUCAUAUUAUUAAUAAAACAGCAUCAGAAAAUAAAACUAUAAAUAAUAAUAAUAAUAGUAAUAAUGAUUCACCAUCAACUUCAAUCGAUUUCUCAAAAGAGAAUUCAUUAAUAAUUAAAAAUCAAGAAUUAGAAAAUAAAAUUAAAAAUUUAGAACAAGAAAUUUUAAAAUUAAAUAAUAAUAAUGACACUGAACAAGAAAAUUUUGAAAAAGAAAUUGAAGAACAAAAACAUGAAAUUUCAAAAUUACAACAAUUGAUUAAUGAACAAAAACAAUCAAUUAAACUAUUACAAGUUUAUGAAUUUAAAGAGAGUAAACUAAUUGAAGAAAGGGAUUCAUUAUUAUCGAAAUUAGAAGUUUCAAAUAAUAGUUAUACUCAAUUGAAAGAGUUAUUGAUGGAAAAAGAUAAAACCAUUCAAGAAUUUAAAUUAAAGAUUGACCAAUUCGAUAAUAAUAAUAAUAAUAAUAAUAAUAACAACAACCCUGAUGUAAACUCACAAUUAUAUAAAGAUUAUCAAGCUUUACAAAUGAAAUCUGAUGAACAAACUGAAUUAAUUCCAAAGUUAGAGAUUCAAUUAGAGAGUGAAAAACAAGCAUUAAUUCAUCUUACCAAUCAACAUAAUGAGACUUUACAAGAGUUACGUACAAAAUCGGAUGCAUUAGAAUCAUGUAUUGAUAAAAUCGUUAAAUUAGAACAAGAGAAUCAACAAACCAUUCAAAAAUUAAAUGAACAAUCUGAAGAAUCUGAAAAAUUAUUUGAACAACAAAAAUUAAAAUUUGAACAAGAAAUUAAUCAAUUACAAAAUGAAAAACAACAACAACAACAAAAUGAAAAUGAAAAUGAAAAAUCUGAAAUUUUAGUAAAAGAAAUUGAUCAAUUAAAACAAUUACAAAUUUCAAUUGAAAAUGAAAAGAAUGAGCUUAAAGAAUCAUUUGAAAAGGAAUCAACAGAAUUAAAGAAACAAAUCCAACAAUUGGAACAAAAUAUUAGUAAUGAAAAUUUAAAUGAGAAACAAGAAUUAGAGAAUGAAAAACAACAAUUGAAAACUGAAAUUAAACGUUUAGAAGAUUCAAUUGAAAAUGAAAAACAAGUACUAAAAGAUACCUUUGAAAAAGAUUCUUUACAAUUAAAAAAUCAAAUUCAACAUUUAGAAUCUGUCAUUAAUAUUGAACAUAAAAAAGAAAAAGAAUUAUUUCAAGAGGAAUUUCAAAAUUUGAAAACUCAAUUAACUCAAUUACAAAAAGAAAAUGAAGAAUUAAAAAAUAAUAAUAAUAAUAAAGAAAAUGUUGAUGAAUUAAAUGAAAAAUUAAAACAAUUUCAAUCAAUUCAAAAAGAGAAAGAUGAAUUGAUUGAUGUAAAAAUUAAAGAGAUUGAAUCAAUUAAAUUGGAGAAUAGUGAAUUACAAAAUCAAGUAAAGGCAUUACAAGAGAAUGAACAAUUGAAUGGUAAUUCAUCAACUGAAAAAGAUUUAAAAAUUCAAUCCAUUACUAAUGAUCUAACUCAAUUGAAUGAGAAAAUUAAAAUAUUACAAUCUGAAAAGGAUCAACAAAUUGAAUCUUUAAAAAAUAAAUUAGAUGAUCAAGUUAAAGGUAGAAUAGAAUUACAAAGUCAUUUUCAACAAGAAAGAGAUUCAAAUAGAAAUCUUUUAGAUAGAUUACAAGAAAAAGAUUCUGAAUUGGAAACUUAUACUCAUUCAAUUACAAAAAUUAAAAAUCUUGAACAAUUAUCACGUGCUCAACAAGAUAAAAUCAUUCAAUUAGAAAACCAUAUUAAAGAAAUUUAUCAAGAUAAUGAUAAUGAUUCAUCAUCAACAAAUAACAAUAAUAAUAAUAAUAAUAAUAACAACAAUACAAAUGUAAGAACUUCAACAUCUUCUACAACUUCAAUUACAAAUGGUAUUAGAUUCAUUGAUUCAAAUUCUGAUCAAACUUUUCAUCAAGAACAAGAACAAGAUAGUGAUGGUAAUAUUACAACUAUUGUAGAUGUUGAAUCAAAUAGUAGUCAAGAAGAUCAUCAUGGUAAUAAUAAUAAUAAUAAUAAUAAUAAUAAUAAUAAUAAUAAUAAUAAUAAUAAUAGUAAUAAUAAUAAUUAUAAUAAUCAUUCUCAUCCACUAGCAACACCAGCUUCUAAAAAUGUAGUUGAUGUUAUUGAUGCUUUGAUUGAAUCUGGUACACCACCAAUUUCUUCAACUCAACCAUCAACUGAUGUUGAACCUUUAGUCGAUAUUAAUUUUAAAUUUGAAGAUUCAAAUGAUGAUAAUAAUAACAAUAAUGAUAAUAAUAAUAAAAGUAGCAAUCAAGAUGAUGAUAUGUUUUAA